AACUGCGUUAUCGGAAACAUCGGUUAUCCUUUAACCUCAGAACGGUCGCGUUCGCAUUUUAAAAACGAUGCAAUGCGAACGCGAAAAGUUUUCAACAACUUAAAAUUAAUAUAAAAUUUAAGAAAAAAAUGCUGGUGAUAUUUCGGCGGUCGUAUAAACGGGUGUUUUUAAGUUUUAAACGAGUUUCGUGUCGAAACAACUAAAAAGCCACAGGUGUGUGUGGUUAUUAUUAAAUAACUAUGUGUAAAAGAUUUUUGGUGAAAUCGCGUUCGAAAAUGGAGGAAAAGGAACGAAAUCUUGUCAUAGGGAUUCUUGUGGUUUCCGUGGUCGUCAUGGCGACCUGUUCAGCAGAAAAUCUUCAAGCGCCAAGGUUUACAACAUCUUCAUCAACAAAUAGCAUAGUUAGGUUAGGAACAACAAAAAUCAUCCAAUGUCAAGCGUUCGCUUACCCCCAACCUCAGUACAAAUGGCUAAAAGACGGAGAGCCAAUUACGGAUUUUUCCGCGGAAUCCUUUUACAGAAUUUUUUCAAUGAGGUUAGAAGACGAAGGCAGCUACAGAUGUAUUGCUUCGAAUAAAGUCGGAUCGAUUAUAAGUGAAGAAAUGAAAAUAAUCGUUGCAUAUAUGGGUGUUUUUGAUAAUCAAACUGAUUCAACGAUUGAGAUUCAAGCGGGAAACGCGGCAAUUUUAGAUUUACCAAAGAUACAAUCUUCCCCUGAACCGGAAGUAACAUGGCAAACCGAUGAGGGUCCAUUGAAAUAUUCCCGAAAAUACGCAAAGUCAAAAACGAAUCAAUUAAUCAUUCUAUCAACCGACUUGGACGAUCAAAAAUCUUACCGAGCUCGGGCGAUUAACACUCAAGAAGGAAAAGAAGAAAAUAGCGCUUAUAUUCGUUUGAACGUUGAAGAAAGCGACACGACCGUCGAUUUACCACCGGAAAUCAUAAUCCCACCUGAAAAUGUAUCGAUUAUAAAAGGUGCCGAUCAAACCACUUUAGAUUGUAUAGCGAACGCUCGAAGAUUGUACGAAUUACAAACAAUUUGGUACAAAGAUGGGAUUUUAAUUGAAAACUCCGCUAUUUCUUAUACUUUUAAUGACCUCUGGAAUCGAAGUUUAACGUUAAUCUCUGCGAAUUUAUCUCACACCGGAAUGUAUGAAUGUCAGGUUUCGCUUAAAAACGGGGAUUUUCCGCCCGUUUCGGCUCAAGCUAAAGUGUUGGUACAAGAAAAACCGAGGUUUGCGAGCGUUACUAAAUCGGAAAUGUUGGGCGAUUAUGGAUCGCAAAUUAUUUUACCUUGCGAUGCCGUCGGUAUUCCAAAACCGAAUAUUUCGUGGUUUCGAAAUGGUAAAAAUGUCGAGGAAAUUGCCGAUAAACGGUAUAAAAUCGAAGAAGACAAUUCUUUAUUGAUUACCAAGGUUAUUAUUGCCGAUAUGGGAAUGUUUCAGUGUUUUGCGAGAAGUGAAGCUGGUGAAAGUUCGGCAUCAACUUGGCUUAAAGUUAAAAGGUUUAAGAAAAAUAAGAUGAGGAUUAUUAGAAGUAUCAAAAGGAACUUGAUGAGAUUAAGAACCGGAGGUGAACGGCGAAAUAGAAAAAGUUAUUACAACGUUAUUACUUCGAUUCCUGUUAUGGAUGUAGGGCCCCAAAACGUAACUGUUUUAGAUGGUAAAGAUGCGACGAUAACAUGCCAAGCAGUUGGUGCACCGGUGCCAAACAUAACCUGGAUAUACAACGAACAAAACGAGGUUGAAGUGUCUGGUAGAAUCCAAAUUUUGGAUAACGGCGAUUUGUUGAUUGCGGCAGUUAAAAAAUCAGAUACUGGUCAGUAUACAUGUAUUAGAGCAAACGAAGCGGGUCAAGUUAAAGGAUCCGGUUAUUUAACAGUUCUUGUCCGUACACAAAUUGUGCAACCUCCAGUGGAAACAAGAGUACUUUUAGGACAUACAGCAACUCUACAAUGCAAAAUUUCUUCGGAUCCUUCGGUACCUUACGAAUUAUUGUGGUUCCACAACAAACAGUUAAUAAAUCCGAAUUUAAGUUCACGUAUAAAGACAAUGUCGGAUGGAACUUUAGAAAUCCAAGCGGUGAGAGCAGCCGAUGUUGGCACAUAUUCCUGUACAGUGGCUUCUCCAGGUGGAAAUGAUACACGUUCUGCUAAAUUAAGUGUUAUUGAGCUUCCGUUUGCUCCAAUUAACGUUAAAGCCACCAAAUUGGAUACUGGAACACAACGCGCUGUUAACGUUAGUUGGACACCAGGUUUUGAUGGAAAUAGUCCCAUUAAACAGUACAUUAUUCAAAAAAGAGAGGUUCCAGAACUUGGCCCGAUUCCGGACCCCCUAUUGAACUGGAUCACGGAAUUAAGUAACGUUUCGGCAGAUCAACGUUGGGUUCUUCUCACAAAUUUAAAAGCGGCCGCUGCGUAUCAAUUUAGAGUCAGCGCUGUGAACAGCGUUGGCGAAGGAAGUCCUUCAGAACCGAGCGGGCAGGUUAUGUUACCACAAGAAGCUCCUUCUGGACCACCCGUUGGAUUUGUAGGAUCAGCUCGAAGUUCCUCAGAAAUAAUUACUCAAUGGCAACCACCUUUAGAAGAGCACAGAAAUGGUCAAAUUUUAGGUUACAUCAUCCGUUAUAAACUUUAUGGUUACAAUGAAAGCCCAUGGACAAUAAGAAACAUCACAAAUGAGGCUCAAAGAAAUUAUUUAAUAACCGAUUUAAUCACUUGGAAAGAUUACAUCGUUCAAAUAGCCGCUUAUAACAACAAAGGGGUUGGUAAAUUUACCGAUGGGGCUAAAAUAAAAACGAAAGAGGGUGUACCUGAAGCUCCGCCUGUUAUCGAAUCGGUCGAAGCGCUUAAUUCAACGGCUGUUAGGGUAUGGUGGACUCCUCCUGAUCCACAAAAAAUCAACGGGAUUAAUCAAGGCUAUAAAUUACAAGCUUGGAAAUAUAGCGAACAAAAACAAAUUAAUAUUGAAGCUAAAAGAAUAACUGUUCAUCCCAAUUUAUUAGAUCCUCUCGCUAAACAAACAGCUGUUAUUGGAGGGUUAGAAAAAUUUGUUGAAUAUAAUGUAACGGUGGUUUGUUUCACCGAUCCUGGGGAUGGUGAAAUUAGUGAAUAUUUUAAAGUUAAAACGAUGGAAGAUGUUCCUGAUGAAGUUUCUAAUUUACAAUUUGACGAAGUAAGUGACCGCGCUGUAAAAGUCUCUUGGUUACCUCCUAAACACACAAACGGUUUUCUUCGCGGUUACCAAUUAAAAUACGAAGUAAAAGAUCGACCAGAAACUCGUCGCAUACAAAACUUAACCUCCACUACGUUAAGUUUAAAAGUAACUCAUCUCCAAGCUACAACUCACUACCGUUUCGAAGUGUCCGCUUGGACUGAUGUUGGUUAUGGAACCCCGAAAAUAGCUGUUAUACAGUCUGGAGUUGAACCAGUUUUGCCACAUCCACCAUCAAAACUCGCUCUCUCCAACAUUGAAGCAUUUUCUGUCGUUUUACAAUUCACACCUGGUUUCGAUGGAAAUUCUUCAAUUAUAAAAUGGACGGUUGAAGCGCAAACGGCGCGAAAUUCAACGUGGUUUGAAGUAUACGAUAUUUCUGAUCCAGAUGCUUCAACAAUUACUGUUGAAGGUUUGGUGCCAUUUACUUUGUACAGAUUAAGAUUAAUUGCAAAUAACGUUGUCGGAGCUUCCGGUCCGUCAGAACCAAGUAAAGAAUUUCAAACGAUUCAAGCACCCCCAUCUCACGCUCCAAAAAAUGUAACAGUUAGAGCUAUGAGUGCUACAGAACUACGAGUUCGAUGGAUUCCUUUACAACAAAUGGAAUGGUUUGGUAACCCAAGAGGAUACAACAUAACCUACAUCGAAAACUUAACCAGAAAAACCUUAAGCGAAACCAUUGAAGAUCCAAACGCAAAUUCCCACAUAAUCUCAAAUCUCCAAGAAUUCGCGUUAUAUGAAGUCACUAUGCAAGCUUACAAUGAUGUUGGAAGUUCAAAACCCAGCUUGAAAGCGUUGGAACGAACUCGAGAAUCGGUACCAAGUUUUGGACCAUUAAACGUCGAGGCAAACGCGACUUCUUCAACAACAAUCGUGGUAAAAUGGGGCGACGUUCCGAAAGAACAUCAAAAUGGGCUGGUGGAAGGUUUUAAAGUUUAUUAUGGUGCUGAUACAAGAUCUUUAGUCCAAUUUAAACUAAUCCCUAGUAAUUCUACGUUUACCACAACUUUAACUGAGUUGAAAAAAUUUGUUUUGUAUCAUAUACAAGUUUUGGCUUAUACAAGAUUAGGGGAUGGUGUUCCAAGUACUCCAUCUGUUCGAGUUCAAACAUUUGAGGAUGUUCCAGGUGCACCAUCCAACGUUUCAUUCCCUGAUGUUUCGGUUACAUCGGCUCGUAUAAUUUGGGAUGUUCCAGAAGAACCAAAUGGUGAAAUUUUAGCGUAUCGAGUAACGUAUCAGUUAAAUGAUACGCAAGCGGGUACUAGUCGAUAUUCGAAAGAGUUUUUACCGAUUGAUAGAACUUUUCGGGCUACACAACUUGAACCGGAUAUGUAUUACCUCUUCUCUGUGACAGCUCAAACUCGUUUGGGGUGGGGAAAAGUCGCCCAUGCUUUGGUGUAUACCACGAAUAAUCGGGAAACUCCCCAACAUCCUUCUAUGCCACAAAUAAGUCACAGUCAAAUUCAAAGCAAGCAGAUUACGUUUAGUUGGACGCCUGGAAGGGAUGGCUUUGCCCCUUUAAGAUACUAUACGGUUCAAAAAGCCGAAAACAACGGACCUUGGAGUUCUAUCCCAGAAAGAGUAGACCCCCAAUUAACAUCUUACACAGUUUCAAAUUUAAAACCCUUCACAUUUUACAAAUUUCGAAUCAGAGCUACCAACGAUAUAGGACCUAGUGGAUUUAGUCCCGAAUCAAUGGAAGUUAGAACUUAUCCCGCAGCACCCAGUAAAGGUGUUAACACAGUUAAGGUUGUCCCAAUUACAACAACAAGCGUCGAAGUUUACUGGGAACCAAUUGAAGAACAAUUUUGGAGUGGCGACGUCACUUCCGGGGGGUAUCGCGUCAUUUUUCAACCAGUUUCCGAUUUUCCCACCGCGUUACAAAUGACUCCCAAAGAAGAAGUGUUGGGGAUACAUGCGAAUAAAAUGGUAUUAAGCGAACUCCUUCAAGAUAGAAAUUACGAAAUCGUCGUCGUUCCAUUUAAUUCGCAAGGAGAAGGUCCUGCAAGUCCUCCAGCUACUGUUUAUGUUGGGGAAGCAGUCCCCACUGGGGAACCUAGAGGCCUCGAUGGUGAAGCUUUAAGCUCAACGGAAGUACGGUUACGAUGGAAACCUCCGCAAUUAAAAAUGCAAAAUGGAGAAUUAUUAGGAUAUAAGAUUUUUUAUUUAAUGAUAAAUUCAUCUCAAGAACUUCCCCCAGAAAAAAAAGUAGAAGAAGAAAUUGAAGUCGUUCCCGCUUCAUCGAAUUCGCAUAGCUUAGUCUUUUUGGACAAAUACACCGAGUAUAAAAUUCAAAUUUUAGCUUUUAACCCUGCUGGAGAUGGUCCCCGAUCGCAUCCGAUAACCGUAAAAACCCUUCAAGGACUUCCAGGGGCGCCGAUAAACCUUGCUUUUAGCGAUAUCACAAUGAACAGUUUAAACGUUUCUUGGGAUCCCCCGAAAAUGCGAAACGGUGAAAUUAUUGGGUAUUUAGUUACUUACGAGACAACGGAGCAAAACGAAAAAUUUAGUAAACAAGUUAAGCAAAAAGUGACCACUACAAGUCUUUACGUUCAAUCUUUGGAAGAAGAAAUAACGUAUACUUUUACUGUAAGGGCACAAACGUUGGAUUAUGGUCCUGCUUUAUCAAGUAAUGUUACAACAGGGCCUCAAGAGGGUUCACCAAGCACACCAAAAGAAUUAACCUUAGUGAAUACUUUGAGUAGUGUUGAAUUACAUUGGUUAAAUGGUUUAAGUGGAAAAGGACCUAUUUUAGGUUAUUAUGUUGAAUCUAAACGAAAAGAUGAUCUUCGUUGGCAAACAGUUGUAAAAACAACAAACGGUCCUUUACAAGAUUUUACAAUUUCUUAUCAGAAUUUAUUGCCAUCGACCAUGUACAAUUUCCGGGUCAUUCCUUAUAAUAAAUUUGGAAUUAGUUACCCCGCGUAUUCAGAUGAAGCCGUUUUAAUCCCUUCGAAGCUUUAUUUAGAGUAUGGUUAUAGGCAGCAUAAAUCUUUUUAUCGACAAACUUGGUUUAUGGUUGCGUUAGCUGCUGUUUCUAUUAUUAUUAUAAUUACGGUUAUUGCUAUAUUAUGCGUCAAAAGUAAAAGUUACAAAUAUAAACAAGAAGCUCAAAAAACGUUAGAAGAAUCAAUGGCGAUGUCAAUGGAUGAUCGUCAAGAAUUAGCGAUGGAAUUGUAUCGAUCACGUCACGGAGGUGGUAACUUAAGCGGUUUGGGAACAUUGAGUAAGAGAAGUACUUUGGCGCGAAAACCGGUUCAACAUCAUCAACAGCCUCCCGUUUUGGGGAAGAGCCCCCCGAGACCUUCACCAGCUUCAGUAGCGUAUCACUCCGACGAGGAAAGUUUGAAAGGUUAUGAUGAGAAUCCUGAUGAUAGUAGUGUUACUGAGAAACCUUCAGAAAUAAGUUCGAGUGAUUCGCAGGGCUCUGAAAGUGAAAAUGAAAGCGUCCGAUCAGAUCCUCACUCAUUUGUAAAUCAUUACGCGAACGUUAAUGAUACGCUUCGACAGUCAUGGAAGCGUCAAAAACCGGUUCGUAAUUAUUCCAGUUACACGGAUUCCGAACCGGAAGGAAGUGCAGUUGUAAGUUUGAACGGUGGUCAAAUUAUAAUGAAUAAUAUGGCACGAUCUCGAGCGCCUUUACCCGGAUUUUCAUCGUUCGUUUAAAUAAUUAGUUAGAAAAAACGAUUUAACCUUAAUUAUUGAGUAAAGAAUAAUUAUGAUUUAAUCAACUAAAAAAUAUAUAAUAGUUUAACCUUCCAAUACACGCGCCAAUACAAAAUAUCAAUGGACGCCGGUUAUACCAAUUUUAUUAUUUAUUUUUUUGUAUUAAAUCUCUGAAGACUCUUAGAACUAAUAAAGUUUUCAGACGCAUGGCUAUACCNGAA